CGUUGGCAAUAUCAAAACAUUGAGACUUGCUGCUGCUUAGAAUCAUACUUUGUCUCGUUGAGUUUAUAUCAGGAAACUAAGUUGUCUCCAAGCACGUGCUCGCGAAUAUAGCAGUUGUGAAACCUUGCAUAUUGCGACGCAGUUUGUAUAUAUAUCACUCGUUGGGAUCGUGUAACUACAAAUUGAAAGUGCAAAACAUAUAUUAUAUCCGUUGAAAAAUCAUUAGCUCAGAGCAGUGAUUUAGUUUAGUGACUUGUGCCGUUUUUAGUUACAAACAUUUGAAAUUGGUCGUGACGCGUGCUGUGUGUGCAAAAACUAACCCAUAUCAACGCUUCAAUCCAUAAUCUAGAACGCUAAGCGUGGGCGCGCAAAUUAACUUACAUAAAAUUUCUUUUUUUUUUAGAGUUUUAAGUAAAAUUUUGCAGUAUUUAUCUUCUGCAGCAUGAAGUACAUCUUGGUAACAGGUGGCGUCAUUAGUGGAGUGGGCAAGGGUGUUAUUGCUUCCUCCUUCGGAACGCUACUCAAAUCGUGUGGUUUGGAUGUUACUUCAAUUAAAAUUGAUCCAUACAUUAAUAUAGACGCUGGAACGUUUUCACCCUACGAGCACGGUGAAGUAUACGUUUUGGAUGAUGGAGGUGAAGUAGAUUUGGACUUAGGAAAUUAUGAACGUUUUCUUGAUAUAACCUUGCACAGAGACAAUAAUAUAACAACUGGUAAAAUCUAUAAGUUAGUUAUUGAAAAGGAGCGAACGGGUGAAUAUUUGGGAAAAACAGUACAAGUUGUGCCACACAUAACUGAUGCCAUACAAGAAUGGGUAGAACGUGUGGCUGAGAAUCCAGUGCAUGGAACAUCAAAACCCGAUGUGUGUGUAGUAGAAUUGGGUGGCACGAUCGGUGAUAUAGAAGGCAUGCCUUUUGUAGAAGCUUUUCGACAAUUUCAGUUUCGUGUUAAGAGAGAAAAUUUUUGUGUUGCUCAUGUAUCAUUGGUGCCAUCACCACGUUCUACUGGUGAACCGAAAACUAAACCUACACAAAGUUCUGUAAGAGAAUUACGUGGUUUUGGAUUGAGUCCAGAUUUAAUUGUAUGUCGUUCGGAGAAACCAAUUGGUUUGGAAGUCAAAGAGAAAAUUAGUAAUUUUUGUCAUGUAGCACCUGGACAAGUCAUAUGCAUACAUGAUUUAAGUUCAAUUUACCAUGUACCGCUGUUAAUGGAACAAAAUGGUGUAAUUGAGUUCUUGAAUGAACGUUUACAGUUAAAUAUACAACCCAGAAAACGAGAGAAAUGUUUACAACAAUGGAAGGAUCUAGCACAUCGUUCAGAAACUUUGAGAAAAGAAGUUGUUAUAGCUGUUGUAGGGAAAUACACAAAAUUGGAAGAUUCAUAUGCCUCUGUAGUCAAAUCUCUACAACAUGCUUCACUUGCUGCUGGUUACAAAUUAAAUUUAAAAUUCAUUGAAGCCUGUCAUCUUGAGCAAGCCACACGUGAUAAUGCACCCUCAAAGUAUCAUGAAGCUUGGCAUUUGCUGGUCAAUUGUGAUGGUGUAUUGGUACCAGGUGGUUUUGGUUCACGUGGAAUGGAGGGAAAAAUUAUUGCUUGUCAUUUCUGUCGCAAAAAGAAAAUUCCCUUCCUUGGCAUCUGCUUAGGUCUACAAGCAGCUGUAAUAGAGUAUGCACGAAAUGUUUUGAAUCUUAAAGAUGCAAACACUACAGAGAAUGACACAUCUACAGCUAAUCCUGUUGUUAUUGAUAUGCCUGAACAUCAUACCGGUAUUAUGGGUGGUACAAUGAGGUUAGGCAAACGCACAACAUAUUUCUCCGAUGAGUACAGUACUAUUAAGCAGUUAUAUGGAAAUCCAAAAACAAUUGAUGAACGCCAUCGACAUCGGUAUGAGGUUAAUCCAGAUUAUGUGCCUCAAUUGGAGAAACAUGGCAUGAAAUUUGUUGGUUAUGAUGAAAGUAAGAGGCGUAUGGAAAUAAUUGAACUUAAAGACCAUCCAUAUUACGUUGCCACACAAUACCAUCCAGAAUAUUUGUCACGUCCAUUAAAACCGUCACCACCUUUCUUGGGAUUCAUUUUAGCAUCUGUUAAACGUUUAAAUAAUUAUAUCGCACGUGGUUGCCGUCUAUCACCUAGACAAUUAUCAGAUGCUUCCUCAGAUGAAGAGGAAGUGAACGUUGGUAAUAUUUUCAAAAAUUUGAAAAUAAAUGGCAAAUUGUCUCCAGUAACUAUACCCAAUAAUUUACAAUUAAAUGGACACAUUUCUAGCGGUGCCAGCACGAGUGCAUCAGAUUCCGAUUGCAAUACUACUACAGUACAUCUAAAUGGCCAUAUUGAAAAUGGAUAUGUUGAAAUUGGUGCUUUAAAUAAGGAUAUCACUAGCGUAUCAAUGUUAAGUUAAGCAAGUAAAUUUAAGUUAUUGAAAAGUUAGGAAUGAAUAUAAAAAUUAUUAGUUAGGCGUAACGUCGAGGAAAGUUUUUAGGUUAACUUUGUGCUAAUAAUUGGUAAAAUUAAAUUGAAUUUACAUAUUAUAUUAUUAAUUAUUCAAAUGUUUGAUGUUUUAUUUAUGUAUAGGGAACAUAUUCUCUACGUUUUCUUCUUUUUUGUUGCAUUAUAUAUGUUAGAUGAGACCAAGUGGAGCAUCGGUCAAAUAUAUGUUUAGAUUUAGUAUUACUUACAUGGCAAUAUUAAUCGAAUUCACUAUCUAUAAAUGAUAACUGAUAUGUUAAACUUUUAUUCGACAUUUUUGAUGUGCUUGAUUUUCCUUUCUUAACAUCUUUUAAUGCAAAAAAAAAUUUAAAUUUAUAUUCUACGAAUACACUUGAAUUAAAAAAAAUUUUAUCUUAACAAUAUCUGCACUGUGAAUGCUGGUUCUUAUUAUAUUCUACGAAUAAAAAUAAAAUAUGAAAGUUUUCAUUCUGAAAAUUUGCCACUUACUAUAUAUUGAUCUUAAUUAUUUGUCAUUUGUAUAUUAAUUGCAAUUAUAAAUGCUAAACAAUUAGUGCAUUAAUAAUUAAUAGUAUACCACUAUAUUCCAUUUAAAAUAACCUACAUAAUCUCUUCAAGCUUUCUUGUGAUAAGCUUUAGCUACCACCGAUUUUUAAAUAUUGGAACAAUAUGUAAUCUAUGCUACAUGCAGUUAAAUGUAUUCCUCCCUGAGAUAUCGCAUUGCAGGCUCAAAUAUUAUUUGGGGUUUUCACGAUCAUCUAGAUUGUGUAGAGUGGCUGUAGAGUGCCUUGCACUACUGCUUUCUUACUUGGUUAUCUAAUUCGUUACUCGAUACUGUGAAUACCCUUAAAAUAAUUCUAAAAUAUCAGGCAAACAUAAAACCUACAUUCUAACCACACUUAUAUGAGGUAAAACAAUUCAAUUAAUUAAUACCACAAAAGCACAUUAGUUAAUAAUAAAUUA